GCUGUAUGGACGCUAUUACUGCUUGCUUGGGCUCUGUACCCCAAACGCCUCCAAACGGGCUCGUAUUUUCGCCCUAGGCUGCGUUCUUUUGGCCUGCGUCUGGAAUUUUCGAUGAUUAAACUGUGUCCACCGUGUCCAGUUCACCACGUGGGGCAUCGAUUUUCUAUCGCAGUCACUACCACAGUCGCUCUUUUCGCCAUAGACCUGUUAAAUAGAUUCCAACCCCUCGUUGUUACCUGCGGUAUUCAGUGAGUUUUGUCUAGACGGUUGGCGGUGCAUGGAUCUCCCCAGGUCGUUUCACAGCAACCUCUUUUUCUUUUCCACCUCAUAGUCGUUCACUUUCCGACCAUCGCGACAUGGAACAAGCAUAUGUGCGCUCAACAUCAGAGGUGCUGAGUCACUUCCAUGUCACCGAAGCAGCCGGUCUGUCGUCUGCGCAAGUCGCAGAGUCCCGAAAACAAUAUGGAAGCAACUCUCUCCCCGAAGACCCUCCGACACCCUUAUGGCAACUCGUUCUGGAACAGUUCAAAGAUCAAUUGGUCCUCAUACUGUUAGGCUCGGCUGCGAUAUCUUUUAUCCUGGCCCUGUUUGAAGAGUCGGAUGACUGGACUGCGUUUGUCGACCCUGUGGUGAUCCUGACAAUCCUCAUUCUGAAUGCGAUCGUGGGUGUGACGCAAGAAAGCAGUGCUGAAAAGGCCAUCGCAGCCUUGCAAGAGUAUUCCGCAAACGAAGCAAAGGUGAUUCGGGAUGGACACGUCCAGAAGAUCAAGGCAGACGAGCUUGUACCAGGAGACAUUGUUACUGUCGCCAUUGGAGAUCGGAUACCGGCCGACUGUCGAUUGUUGUCCAUCCAAAGCAACAGUUUCGCAGUCGACCAGGCCAUUUUGACAGGCGAAAGCGAGAGUGUGAGCAAGGAGUGCAAAGCCAUAGACGAUGUGCAGGCUGUCAAACAAGAUCAGGUCAACAUGCUCUUCUCUGGCACAACAGUGGUGACGGGACACGCUACCGCCAUUGUCGUUCUUACAGGUAGUUCCACAGCGAUUGGCGACAUCCACGAGAGCAUUACUUCGCAAAUUUCGGAGCCCACGCCCCUCAAGGAGAAGCUCAACGAUUUUGGCGAUACUCUGGCCAAAGUCAUUACAGUAAUCUGUAUUUUGGUGUGGCUGAUUAACAUCCAGCAUUUCAAUGAUCCCUCGCACGGAGGAAGCUGGGCCAAGGGUGCCAUCUACUACCUGAAAAUCGCGGUAUCUUUGGGGGUCGCUGCCAUCCCAGAAGGUCUCGCCGUGGUCAUCACAACAUGUCUCGCCUUGGGUACGAGGAAAAUGGCGGCGAAAAACGCCAUCGUUAGGAGUUUGCCCUCAGUCGAGACCCUGGGUAGCUGCAGUGUGAUAUGCUCUGACAAAACUGGUACUCUCACGACCAACCAGAUGAGUGUUGCAAAGAUCGUCUAUCUCAGCGAGUCUGGAGAUGAUCUAGAGGAGAUCGAAGUCUCAGGAACCACCUUCGCCCCGACCGGGGACCUCAUCCACAAUGGCAAGAAACUUGAAAAUCCCGCAGCAACUUCGGACACCAUAAAGCAAAUGUCAGAGGUUCUGGCGCUCUGCAAUGAGGCCCAUUUGUCAUAUGACGCGAAGAACGACACCUAUUCAAGCAUUGGAGAACCUACUGAGGGAGCUCUCCGUGUCCUGGUUGAGAAGAUUGGCACCGAUGACGCAGCGAGGAACACCACUCGAGCCAGUUUGGCCGGCGCUGAGCGAGUAGACUUCGCCAGUAAGUACUACGAGGAAAAACUUCCUCUGCACGCAAUGUACGAGUUCUCGAGAGAUCGAAAAAGUAUGUCUGUCCUCGCUGGAACUGGCCAGGCCCAAAAGCUUCUUGUUAAGGGUGCCCCUGAAUCGAUCAUCGAACGCUGCUCUCAUGUCAUUCUGGGGUCAAACGGCAAGAAAGUUCCCAUUAACAAGCGCCAUCAGGCCCUCCUCGCUCAGGAGCUCGUGGCAUAUGGACGGCAUGGCCUUCGCGUGCUUGCGCUGGCCAGCGUGGAAAACAUUAGUGGCAACGAGCUACUGUAUACCGCAAAGAGCAACAAAGCAUAUGCUGAGUUGGAGCAGAACAUGACCUUGAUCGGGCUUGUCGGGAUGCUCGACCCGCCUCGGCCAGAGGUGGCCAAGUCGAUCAUGAAGUGCAGAGAGGCCGGUAUUCGAGUGAUUGUCAUCACUGGUGACAACCAGAACACUGCCGAGACCAUCUGCAAACAGAUUGGCGUAUUCCAACAAGACGAAGAUCUCACCGGCAAGAGUUUCACCGGCCGCCAGUUUGACUCCCUCACGGAAAGCGAAAAGCUCGAAGCUGCAAAGACAGCAUCUCUAUUCUCCCGCGUCGAGCCCACGCAUAAGUCCAAACUUGUUGAUCUCUUGCAGGACGCGGGCGAAGUGGUAGCCAUGACAGGCGACGGCGUGAAUGACGCCCCGGCGCUGAAGAAGUCUGACAUAGGAGUGGCCAUGGGCACCGGCACCGAUGUCGCGAAAUUGGCCGCCGACAUGGUGCUUGCGGACGACAAUUUUGCCACCAUCGAACUCGCCAUUGAGGAAGGGCGCACCAUUUACAGCAACACCCAGCAAUUCAUCCGGUAUCUCAUCUCGUCCAACAUUGGUGAAGUAGUCUCGAUCUUUCUGACCGCGGCCCUGGGCUUACCGGAAGCGUUGAUCCCAGUCCAACUUCUCUGGGUGAAUCUGGUCACGGAUGGUCUCCCGGCCACCGCGCUCUCAUUCAACCCGGCUGACCACGACGUGAUGCGCCGGACGCCGCGAAAACGCGACGAGCCCCUCGUCUCUGGGUGGCUAUUCUUCCGAUACAUGGUCAUCGGCACCUAUGUGGGCGCCGCCACUGUCUUUGGCUAUGUGUGGUGGUUCAUGUUUUACCCUUCGGGCCCGCAAAUCAGCUUCACGCAACUCCGAAGCUUCCAUAAAUGUUCGCCAACGAAUGCUAUCUUCGAGAAUGUCAGCUGUGCCAUUUUCUCUCCCUCAUCGACACCGACGCGCACCGCUUCGACUAUUUCACUGUCCAUCUUGGUUGUGAUUGAGAUGUUCAACGCCAUGAAUGCCCUCAGCUCGUCGGAGAGUUUGCUUCAACUCCCGCUCUGGAAAAACAUGAAACUCAUCUAUGCGAUCUGUCUCUCGAUGCUCCUCCACUUUGCCAUUCUGUACACGCCCAUUCUACAGGGCGUCUUCUCGAUCGAGGCCCUGGGGUGGGAUGAGUGGAUGGCGGUGCUGUGGAUUUCGGCCCCAGUCAUCUUGAUCGACGAGGUCCUCAAGGCGAUCGAGCGGGCCGUCUACGUCAAUUGUAAGUCGGAGCGGAGAAGACGGGCCAGUGUGUCGGGUGGGAGUGGCUUGAAAGGGGAAGGGAACGGGUUCGUGGCAAACGGCAAGAUGAAGGCGAAUUGAGAGGAAGCGAGAGCGAGAGCGAGAGAGAGGCCGGCCCACCAAGCCCUUUGGUUCCAUGUGACAUUAGCUCUUACCAUACAUUGAAUUGGAUGUUGUGGCCAACGAAACCCGAAGCAGAGACAUAUCAUACAUCACUCACUCAACUUACUCACCCAUCUUGCAUUGAUGGGAUCUGGAACGGAGACCAAAAGAACAGAAAAGACGACGCAAUGUAACGGGUUGGGUUCCGGGCGGCUUCUUGUCUAUUUGUUUGUUCGCCUCUCUUCAUUGCAUGGCUGGAUGCAUGGAUUUAUGGCUGGCAGGCUGGCAGGCAGGCUGGAUAGAUAGAUGGAUAGAUGGAUGCGCUCCAGAUUGGGGACGUUUGGAUAUCUGCAUAGCACUCGGUACAUACGAGGUAUACCGUCCGUAUACACCUAGACACCUAGACAUCUAGACAUCUCUCAUCUAUAGAGCCAAAAAAGCAGUCUCAAAUGAGACACGCCAAUCAG